AUGAAUCCAAGGUCGCCGACUACCUCUGCGACAAGUGCAGGUGGAGGGUAUCCGCACAAGCGCGCCAGACAUGCGUCGCCGGAGCGCAGUGGAGGAGCCCUGAAGCCUACGAGUCCGACGAGCGUGGAGGAUGUUGAGAUUACCGGGGCUGCGCCGGUGUCUGGAGGGAAGACGGGCCAGAGCAGCAGCUUCAGAAACGUGAGUGCGUGUAAUCGCUGCAGAUUAAGGAAGAACCGCUGUGAUCAAAGACUCCCGUCUUGUGCUAGUUGUGAGAAGGCGAGUGUGAAGUGUGUCGGGUAUGAUCCUAUCACCAAGAGGGAGAUUCCUAGGAGCUAUGUCUUCUACCUCGAAACUCGAGUCGGCUAUCUAGAGAAGGUCCUCCAGGACAACGGUAUCCCCUUUGCGCCAGCCGAAGUCCUCGACCACGCCUCCAGACCAGGCGCAGAUCCAAAUACCGUCCAAACACCCAGCGAUGAUGGCAGACCGCCUUACAAUGGCAAUGAUACAACUAUCACUUCCCACAAGCAAUCAACGAAAGAGGUAGCAUGGAACAAGAAGCAAGAUGAGUCUGAGAAGUUGAAUAAGCUGGUCUCGAAUAUUGGCAGUGUUUCUGUACAAGGGGCUUCUGACUCCCGCUACUUGGGAUCGACAUCCGGAAUCUCGUUCGCAAGAGUCGUCUUCGCGGCAGUGAAGUCAUCGGUAUCAGGCACGAAUAGUGAUAGGAGCGGUGUCAGACCCUCAAGGCUGGUGAUUAAGGAUAAACCAACCGGCACAUCGAUGCGAGACUCUUUCUUCGGCCUGCAUACCCGACCGACCAUUAAACAAGCACCUUUCCCGUCCAAAGAAGUUGGCUCAAGGAUGGUGAACUUCUACUUCGAGCACGCGAAUCCGCAGAUACCGAUUCUACAUAGACCGGAGUUUAUGAAGAUGUUUGAGUUGGCAUAUGCGGACGGUGAUGCGAGAGUUAGGACGCCGAGGGAGCUGUAUAUGCUGAAUAUCGUCUUUGCGAUUGGGUCCGGCAUCUUUCUGGGCGAUUCGGGGGAUCAAGAAGCGAAAGAGGAUAGGGAAGAGAAACGCAGUAGGUCGGGGUUGGAUAAGCAGUGCCAGCCGGAGGAAUAUCAUGCUUCCGCCAUUGUGCAUCUUGAAGCUUUAUUAGGCUCGGCGAGCUCAGUUGAUCGCCCUGAUGGAUUUGGUGGUGGAUUGGAGGAGUUGCAGGCUGUGUUGUUGUUGGCUGGGUUUGCGCUCCUCAGACCGGUGGCCCCGGGAUUGUGGUAUAUUAUUGGUGUUGCAGUGAGGCUAGCGGUGGAUUUGGGGUUGCACCAUGAGGAUGGGAAGGAUAUUGAGGUUGGGCUUGAAGAGGUGACUGAGAAUUUGAAAGGCGAGGAAAGUGAUAUGGUACGAAUGCAGAGAGAGCGGCAUGAACGAGAAAGGGGAAGAAGGGAAUGGGUGCGAGACUUCAAGAGAAGGUUGUGGUGGUGCACAUACUCGUUUGAUCGAUUGGUGUCAACAUGCGUUGGUCGGCCGUUUGGCAUUACGGAUCAAGUCAUUACAACCGAGUUCCCCUCGUUACUCGACGACAAGUACAUCACGCCAAAUGGCUUGUUGGAGCCUCCAGCUGGCGUUGUGGAGACGAGCUACAAGCAUGCUGCAUACCACUACUUCCGACUCAGGUUGUUACAAUCUGAGAUUUUGCAAGUGUUGCAACAUCAGCAGGCCCAACACGCUCGGGCUUCUGGUCUCAAUGAACGGAAUCCGUUCAUGCACACCACCUUACCCUCUCCCUUCCUCUCGAAGUUUGAUAGCUUCAGAUCAUGGCGAAUCGAUAUCGACAGACGAUUAUGGGAAUGGAAGACUUCUGCUCCUACGAAAAAGGAUACAGGAGUCGGAUUCUCAGUCGAGUUCCUCGAGCUCAAUUACUGGCAAUGCGUGAUUAUGCUCUACAGACAGAGUCUGAGUGUGCCACAGAUGUUCGAGGGAGAAUACAAUACCAGUGAAGAGGUCAAUAGCCCAAGCAUACAUAAUGUUGAGCUGAGGGAGGACGAAGAGCGGGUGUUUUUGAAGGUUGCAGAGGCGGGACAGAGAGUGUUGAGAUUGUAUAGGCAGUUGCAUCGUGUGCAUCUUGUUAAUUAUACUUUCUUGGCUACUCAUCAUUUGUUCAUGGCGGGGAUAUCGUUCUUGUAUGCUAUUUGGCAUUCGGCGAUUGUGAGAAGUCGACUGACCAUGGAUGAAGUCGACUUCACAAUCCUAGCAGCAACCUCCGUCCUUGGCGAUCUCAUCGAGAAAUGCCCACCAGCAGAAGCCUGCCGCGACGCCUUCGACCGCAUGUCCAAAGCGACAGUCCAAAUGUGCAUGUCAACCACCGGCUUCAGCUCCUCUUCAAGCCUCAGUACCCGUCGCCGCUCGCACUCCCAAAGCCACCAACACCACAACCAAAGCACUGAAACCGACUACUUCGACAAGCAUUACCAGCGGCAAAGCCGCGGCCCCCAAAACCAAAACUCCUCGCGACCAAAACCGCAAUUCGAUAUGGGUCUCAACGAUCUCCUCGGCUCCCCCCAAAAUGCAACAUCGACAAUGCAGACCCCUCAACCGCCCUCCUUCCGCCCUAACUCGCAGAACAGUAUGGGUGCACCUUCUUCCAACAAAGGCGGCGUAAAAAUGGAGUUCGAACCUUACAACUCCUCCGCAACACCCUCUACCAUAACAGGCCCUACCCGCCAAAACACAUCCAACUCCCAAUCCGCUUCGCAAACAAUAGGCAACUCGCCCUCCGACUACGCCAUUUCGCCCCCUCUAUCCGCCUUAGACACCUCCGCCAUCGACCCCUCUUUACUCCCGUCCCCACAAACGACGUUCCAGACUCCUGGGGGCUAUGGGCAGAACAAUGCUUUUGGAGGGGCAGCGGAACUGCAGUUCCCGUUUCAGAAUGCGCCGGGGAUGGACUUUCUGCAAGGGGGCUGGGAUGCAGGUGGGUUUGAUGGAGGGUGGAAUGGUGAUCUUGGGAUGGGCACGGGAUUGGGUUGGGAUGGAGGAGCCGGGGAUCAUGGGGAUGGUGGAGGGGUGGAUCUUUUUGAUGGGUUUUUCUUUGGGGGGACUGGUGGGUUCUGA